AUGAAUGGUGCCGAUGAUGGCCCAAGGUGCUCACUAAUUUCUUACGUGGUGCCACCCGGUUUAUCACGAGCCCCCAUAAUCGAACCAGCUAAUUUUAUACCGUAUACAGUUCCCAUAGAGGGUGUUAGUGCAAAGGCACCAAGUGUACCAAGUCAUACGACAAACUCCGGCAAAGUAGCUGCUUCUUCAUUACCUCCACUAUCUCCGGUGGCCGAACGUGGUUCUAGAGUUCGUUCGGCAUCGGAAACCACAUCGUCCUGCGUUGCACAGCCUGAUCAACGGGUGUUGAAAGCCAGCUAA